GUAUGUAGACCUUUCUUUAGUAUUUUUAGAGAAUAUUUUCUUCUCUACUAGUUCUUGCUGGUAAAGAAGUCCUCGAAACAUGGUGUAUGUAGACCUUUCUUUAGUAUUUUAUAAUUCAAACAUUCACUGAAAUUUUUUUUUUCAAGUGCCAGUAAUGUGGACAGUUUGAUUGAAAUACAUGUCUGCCAUAUCUAUGUUGGUUGCUGCCAUUUAAUUACAGUCAAACACGCCAUAGGCAAUCCCGACAUUUCUAUAUUCAAAUAGUUUCUCAGACUCGCAUUAAAAUUUGAAUACAUUAAAAAAAAUAGUCUGGAAGGGCUAAAGUUUACGGCCUGACUCGUUGGGAAUCUUGUGUGCAUUGGAAUGUGCAGAAAAAUCAGAGGUGGCAGUGGAUUCAUAGACUAAUCCGUCAUUUUCUCAAUUGAAAUUUGAAGGGGAAAUGAAUUUUGGUCUGGUCUCAUCAUCAUACGAGGUUCCAUGUCCUGGUUCUUGGAGUUCACAACAUGUGAAUGAGAAAUCAUUCAUAUCGAAACCUUCUAUAAGGUUUAGUUGUAGUAAGAAAGACCGCCACCGUGAUCUGAGUGCUGGAAAGGUGAGAGUUUCUUGGUCUCUGAUGCCUGGACAUAUCCAAGAAUCAUAUGUGGGGCCAAAACAUCUAGAGGAUGAGACAGCUUUAAGAUUCAAAUUCGUGCGGACGUUGUUGAUUGACAAUUACGAUAGUUACACGUACAACAUUUACCAGGAAUUGUCUACCAUUAAUGGGGUGCCUCCCGUGGUGGUCCACAAUGAUGAAUGGACAUGGGAGUACAUUUACCACCAGUUGUAUGUAGAAAAGGCUUUUGAUAAUAUUGUCAUAUCACCCGGGCCUGGAACCCCGACAUGUCCAUCAGACAUAGGGGUAUGUUUGCGGAUGCUCCUCGAAUGCAAGGAUAUUCCGAUUUUGGGUGUUUGUCUUGGGCACCAGGCCUUGGGGUACGUGCAUGGUGCUGAAGUCGUCCAUGCCCCCGAACCAGUUCAUGGACGUUUGAGUGAAAUCGAACACAAUGGGUGCAAUCUGUUCCAUGGAAUUCCUUCCGGCAGCAAAUCGGGAUUCAAAGUUGUACGGUAUCAUUCCCUCGUAAUAGAUCCAAAUUCACUUCCGAAGGAACUGAUUCCUAUAGCUUGGACCUCUUCUACAAAUACACUUUCUUUUCUUGAUAUGAAAGAAUCUAAUGUGAUCACUGAUACCUUUGGCUGUAAAACCAAUCAACUUCUCUGCAUUGAUCACCUCGAAUCUAAUCUAAGAAACAAAAGCUUAUGGUGUCCCAAGAAUUUUGAGGACACGAGAGACAGUAGAGUUCUCAUGGCUAUCAUGCACUCCACUAGGCCUCAUUAUGGUGUGCAGUUUCAUCCUGAGAGCAUUGCUACUUGCCAUGGGAGGCGAAUAUUCGAAAACUUCAGAAUGAUGACGGUUGACUAUUGGUUGAAAUCAUCCCGUAUCCAUGAAAGAAAGGUCCACAGUGGUGGUAAAAUAGACUUGUUUUUCUUUUUUGCAUGUGUCUCAUGGUCCCAAAAGCUUCCCAAAAGUAAGCUGGCAAUGGCUAAUGCAGCAAUGGGGAACCAUUUAUAUAUGCGUGAAACGGCACUGAAUGCAUGCAAAAGCAUGGAUGCUACAUGUCUGAAGUUGCAUUGGAAGAAAUUCGAUUGCUUGGCCAGUAAAGUUGGCGGAUCAGGAAAUAUAUUUUGUGAAUUAUUUGGAAGUCAUAAGGCUGAAGACACAUUCUGGUUAGACAGUUCCUCAGUAGACCAGAGGAGGGCACGCUUUUCAUUCAUGGGGGGUAAGGGCGGAUCGCUAUGGAAGCAAAUCACAUUUUGUCUAUCGGAUCAAAGCAAUGUGGCUGCUAGAGGUGGCGGUUACUUGUCAACUCAAGAUGCACAAGGUUCCGUGAAAAGCACAUUUCUUGAAGAUGGUUUUCUUGAUUUUCUGAACAAGGAACUUCGAUCAUUUCGUUAUGAAAAGGAAGAUUACGAAGGGUUGCCUUUUGACUUCUGUGGUGGAUAUAUUGGUUUCAUCGGAUAUGGCCUUAAAGUCGAAUGCGAUAUGGCAUCUAACCGUCACAAGUCAAAGACACCAGAUGCUUGUUUCUUCUUUGCCGACAAUCUUGUUGUGGUCGAUCAUAGCAACGACGAUGUGUAUAUUCUAUCCAUACAGAAUAUUCAUCAUCCUGAAAAUACCAAAGUGGGUCAGCAUGGAAGAUCGAAUGCUAGAUCAUGGUUGGAUGAAACCGAGGAAAGGCUUCUUGGGUUAAAGACUGAAGCUACUAAAAAGUUCAAGGAGUGGAAGUCAAGUCCCAUGGCAUCGAUCCCAUGUAAUUCAGGCUUCAUUGUUGAAAAAUCAAAAGAUCAGUACAUGAAAGAUGUUGAGGAGUGCCUGAAGUUCAUCAAAGAUGGAGAAAGCUAUGAAUUGUGCCUGACAACACAGAUGAGAAAGAGAAUCGAAGACAAAGAUCUGAUGAGGCUUUACCUUAAUUUAAGGGAUCAAAAUCCAGCUCCAUAUGCUGCAUGGCUUAAUUUUUCCAAGGAAAAUCUAUGUAUCUGCAGUUCUUCCCCUGAAAGGUUCUUGCGGUUGGAUAGCAAUGGUAUAUUGGAAGCAAAGCCCAUAAAGGGAACCAUAGCUCGUGGUACAACUCCAGAGGAAGAUGAACAGCUUAGAUUACAACUCCAACACAGUGAAAAAGACCAAGCUGAAAAUCUAAUGAUCGUAGAUCUCCUACGGAAUGACCUUGGCCGUGUCUGUGAGCCCGGCUCAGUGCAUGUUCCUCAUCUAAUGGAGGUGGAGUCGUAUGCAACUGUUCACACGUUGGUUAGUACAGUCCGGGGAAAGAAAAGAUCAAACUUGAGCCCGAUCGAUUGUGUCAAGGCUGCAUUUCCUGGAGGUUCAAUGACUGGUGCCCCCAAGCUUAGAUCAAUGGAGCUGCUUGAUUCUCUAGAAGGCUCCUCCAGAGGCAUCUACUCUGGCUCAAUCGGGUUCUUUUCAUACAAUCAGACAUUCGAUUUAAACAUAGUGAUUAGAACGGUAGUCAUACAUGAUGGGGAAGCUUCAAUCGGAGCCGGCGGGGCCAUCGUCGCUCUGUCAAACCCAGAAGAUGAGUAUGAAGAAAUGCUGUUGAAAGCACGGGCCCCAGUCAAGACCGUGAUGGCAUAUCAAAGCAGCUUGAAUUCUCACCUUCGUGAAUCUAAGAUUGCGAAGUGAGUUGGACUGCCCUGCCGAUUAUUUACUUGUGGCUCCAGCUAGAUGUUGUGAAACGGCUGCAAUGCCGGAUCUUUAUUAAUCAAUUCAUGGUGGCAUGAAAUACUUAAAUUUUGGUUUCUUUUUCUUACUAUUUCAACAUUGUAUUAUUCUUCCCUGGUUGGGAUUCUACCAUUGUAAUAAAGGAAGAGAAAAACUUCCACA